AUGACUGGUUCAUCGCUCACCAUCUCUGAGCAACAGCUGCAGAGGCAGGAGAAACUGAGUAAUACCAAAACAGACUUGAUUCAGCAGAGCCUUAUCUCAUCCAAGGACUGGCUUCAGAUCCAUGGGCUGAAGAACAACAAAUUGACCUUGAAUCAGAUUUUAUCACACAUUGGAUUCCCACAUUGUGAAGAUUAUGUGAAAUCCCUGCGGAGACCUGUGGCUUCCAGGUAUGCAGAUGGCCUGUUUCCGAGGUUCUAUAGAGUGGAAGAUGGCAAAGUAUUCAACUUGACAGCAAACUCCGAACUGAUCUCGCAGUUUGUGGAAGGACUCACACAAGCUGUGGAGAGCUACAAGCAGCGGAUGGCCUGGCUCACCAGCAGAAGCAGGCAGGUUUUUGGUGUCAUCUUGGAACGGUGCAUCACCAUUGUGCUGGAUCUGGGCGGCAUGCUGGAGCAGGAGCUUCACCUGUGCCAAGACGCACUGAUAAUGGUCCUCCGAGAGCAGGUGGCUCUCAUCGACAAGUUCAAUAUCAUAUGGGUUUCUCAGAAGCCUGUGAAAUUUCAAGAAAAUGCCACUCGUGUGACUCAAGAGUCAAUAGCUGCAGCCAUCAUUUGGGUUAAGGAACUGACUUUCAAGCUGCCAGUAAGCCCAACUAGCUGCCUGGACGCCCUACUGGAAGCUGGCAAAGACAGAACCGUUGAAGCCAUUUACUACUUUGUGGUGGGGGAUGUUCCUGAGGAAUCCAAGAAUGUUCUUCAGAGUGCAUUGGAGAUCCCAGGUCCUCUCUACACUGUGUCCUUUAAUGCCCGGGGGAGAGACACCAUCGCCUUCUUAAAGGAGCUGAGUGCCAAGACCCAAAGCAGAUUCCAUGCAUUUGCAGAGAGAACACAGUGUGUGGAAUUUCCUGAUUUCUUCAUAAAGGAUGGUGAUCAUGUAAAGACUUGGAAUGAGAGGAAACUGAAAGGAAAGCUCCCUCCAGGAGCUGGGGUCAGAGAGGAUGUGUUUCUCAUUUGGAGGGAGAUGGAAGAAGCCUGCAGCACACUGGCUCAGGUUCAGAGGCUGGUGUCUGAGUCUCCUGAGUCCAACAUGUCCUUAGAAGACUGUGAAUAAAGAAUUGUCUCCAUAGAUAGCCAGUCAAAUAUGGAGGACACCUGGGACUCAACGAAAUGGCUAAAGAAAUAUGGCCUGAAAGCCCAAAAGCUGUCAUUCUAUGAUGUUCUUGCUGACUGCUCCUUCCGCCAUGCUGAUGGAAUUGUUGAUAUAAAAAUUAAACCAGACAAUGAAUCCCUGUGCACCAGUGCGGAGACCAACAAGAAGAUAGUCCAUGCAAAAUACUGCAGUAAAUUUGUCCAUGCUCCCUGGAAAGAUGGGAGCUUGGUCCACGUGUGCAUAACCAAGGAAAAGUGCACAUUGUACACAGAGAGAAUUCAUGCAGUUCUCACCCAGAUCCAGAGGAGGAUUAAAUGGCUACAGAAUAAAAGUGAAGUUCUCUUUGGAAAAGUAUGCGCUGAUUGCAUCUACAUUCUCAUUGAUACAUCGUACUCAAUGAAGGGGAAACUGGAUUUGGUGAAGGACAAGAUCAUUCAAUUUAUCCAGGAACAGCUGAAAUACAAAAGGAAAUUCAAUUUUGUGCAGUUUGAUGCUCAAGCAGUUGCUUGGCGGGAAAAACUUGUUGAAAUCGAUGAAGAUAAUUUGAAACAGGCUCAGUGCUGGAUUAGAGACAUUAAGAUUGGAAGUUCCACAAACACACUGGACGCCCUGAAAAUUGCAUUCGCUGACCAAGGAACACAAGUAAUCUAUCUUAUGACAGAUGGGAGGCCUGAUCAGCCACCUGAAGUGGUUAUAGACAAAGUCAAAAUUUUUAAAAAGAUUCCUAUUUACACCAUUUCCUUCAAUUACUACGAUGAGGUUGCAAAUGGAUUUUUGAAAAUGAUUUCUUCUUUGACUGGAGGAGAGUUCCAUUGUUAUAAUUUUUGCAGGAAAGACCCCUAUCCUUCAGAUACACUUCAGAAUGAAGAUAUAACCAUUUUAAUUAAAGAACUGGAGCAGGGACGCAGUGACCUGGAGAAGUUGCAAGACCUCUAUUUGGAGUCUUUGGUGAUGGACUGGUGGUACAACAGUGUAAAGGAAAGAAAUGAGCAUCCAAAAGAAACCUCUCCUAAGGAUUUGACCCCAGAAAAAUGUACACAGCAUCUCUCUGGCAUUAAAUCAGCGCUGCUGUCCUCCCUAGAUAUGAUAAAAAUACAGAGGGACGCUUCAAAUAAAAAGACUCAGAAAAAGAAAGUCCUCCAUGCAGAAUCAACCAAAACUAGCAUGCUGAGAAAUCAGCUCUCCAUGAGCAAGAACUUAACUAACAGUGUGAGGAGUGACAGUCUUUCCAGUUCCAGCAACUGGAGCUCUGCAGAAGACAAAGAAAUAAACAUUCUGAUGGCAAAUGAAUGUUCAGAUGACAAAUCUUUCAGAACAGUGACUGGAGAAAGGAGUGGUGAUUGUGACCUAAAUUCGUCAGGUCUAUCUACAGCAUCCUGGCUCAAUAUUCAUGGCUUAGUUGCCAAGAAACUCACCAUUAAGGAUGUCUUCUCAGAGACCUCAGUGCCUCUCUGCUCCACCUAUGUUCCCUUUAUGGGCAAAAGUUUUAUUUCUACAAUCGUUCAGGAGGUAUUCCCUCCAGCGCACGUGUGCAAUGACACAAAUAAGAUGUCACUAAUUAACCCCCAGGGAGUCAAGCUCAACAUCUACAAGCAAAAAGUGGAACAGGCUAUUAAAUCUUAUGAAAGGCGCUUGAAUCAAAUUGUUUGGCGAGCAUUAUCUCCAGAAGAAAAAGAAAAGUUAGACUCAAAUAAACCAAUUAUGUAUUUGGAAAACAAAGAAGCUUUAAACCAGGCAUUAGAACGAUCAAAUUGGCCUAUUUCAUUGAAAGAGUUGUCCAUGCUGGAAAAUGAAAUCUUAGUCGGGAAAAUGUAUAUCCAGCAGGCCAUGGAGCUCGAGGGGGCGGCCAAGAAAGAGAAUGAAAGCAGAACACUGAUAGAGCAACAGAAAUCUACAAUAAAUACAUCAAAGAAAAUUAAAUCACGAAAAUUGGAUCCUCUCAAAGGCCAGAAAGUUAUUGCACGGUGUGAUGAAAAUGGAUUUUAUUUUCCAGGAGUUGUAAGGAAGUGUGUGAACCCUACCCAGGCACUGGUAGAUUUCAGGUAUGGAGACACCAAGGUUGUGCCCAUCUCCUUCAUCACACCUGUGGGAGGCGCCAUGCCCUGCCCACUGCUCCAGGUUGGAGAUUAUGUAUUUGCCAAAAUUGUGACUCCCAAUGGAUUUGACUUCUAUGUCCCUGCCAUAGUCAUAGCACUUCCAAAUCAGAAUGUGGCUGAAGAUAAAUUCUACACAGUUCUGAAAUGCAACAACCGGAAAGAAUUUUGCCCUCGGAGUUCACUUAUUAAAAUCAGCCAAAACAAGUAUGCUCUCUGUUGUUCUCACAUAAAGUCACCCCCACUUCAGGACUACAUGAAACCCAAGGACACAGACUCAAAUAAUUCUACCUUACUAAUUUAUCCACUUAAAGAAGUUGAGUCUGAAGAGUUACAAGAGCUAAAACAUAAGAACAGUAAAAGGAGAAAAAAAAAAACCACCAAGAGGCUGCCUCUGCAGGAGACAGUGUCUUUGGACUCAGACAGACAUCUGCAAGAAAUCAAGUCCCAAGAGUCCUACAUCAGGAGCCACCACAAAUGCAGAGUGGGAGAGAAAAGACAUUUUUUUCCAGAACAACCUGAAAUCUGUCUCAAUGAUAGUGCCUCUGAGAUCAUUCCCCAGUUUCCGGGCCAGUUUAGAUCACAGUACUGCAAAAACUCUAACAUCCUGAAUUAA